GGAAGUUCAGACAGACUCCAGCUUAGCAACACGUUGGCCUUUGUUGACGACAAAAUUGCAUAGAUAAGUCUAAAGUUCACGCGAGAUGAUAACGUGCCGGCUAUGGGUAUCGUAUAUUCAGGCCAGGGCAGUAUUUAAACAUAUCGCUCGUUGUGUAAGAUUGAUUUGUGGGAAUAAUUGAUGAGUGUGCAGGAAUAUGAGAAACAACAGCUGAACGAUGACUUUUUCUGAUUCCACAUACUCGCACAUCAAGGGCGUUGUAUUGACUGCUAGAAGUAACUAUGCUUCGUUCAGGAUGCGCAGUUAAAUAAAGCUACAAUCGAGACCUGAACAUACGAUGUUUAUUUGAUAAAAUGGAACCGCCUUCGUCUAGUUUCAUUGGCGAGUAUGAUACUUCUGAAUCAGAUUCAAUGACAAGCAUUUCUCUUUUAAACGGAAUUAAAGCAGUCGUCCGGAUCCUGCUUGCCGCAGGAAAUGCACCAACGCAAGAUAAAUUAGUCGUUGCAAAUUGAAGAACAAUCACACAUAGAUGAUAAAUCCCACAUUUUAUCACUGUAAAGUCAUGACGAACUAUGGAAAUGUCAAUGGAAUCGCAGAACUUCUGUCGCUAAACUAUACUGAUGAAAUAAUUAAAACGGUCCAGAAUAUACAUCACGGCAAUGGCAUUAGUAAAUGUCUUCAAAUGGAAACCGUACAUUUCGAUCCCAAUUGACUGCAUUACAAACUUUAUCAUACAGAAAAGCACUGGGAAUUUUCACGUGGAAGAAAAACAAACUGAAAAUAAAAUUCGGCCAGAUGGUAUGAAACAUGUUAUUCAAUUUCUAUGUACACAUGAACAAAGUGCGAUGAUAGAAAUAUGCGUGAAAAGUGCACGAAUUUUUGUACAAAAUACGAGCAUUCUCACCAAACGUCUUUAUUUCGUUUCUCGUCCUAUGUAGGCGAACUAGUAUAUUCAACAACAUUUGGAUACAGUGAAGGCGAAUUUACGCAAUUCAAAAUGGCAAAACUAUUAUCCGGAGGUAAGGCAUUAUUAUAAGAAUUUGUCUGAUAUGUAUGAAAUGCACUUUACACCAAGUCGUACACGCCCCCCUUGUAUUCCAGAAGAAAUUAAUUUUUGUGAAAACAAGCUCUUUCACAUUUGUAUAGCAUCCCCAAUUGAUAUCAAUGGAGAAACGUCGGAGCAUGUAGAUAUCAAUCUAUAUUUUACUGGCAUGUACGAUCACGGACUUGGUGAUAAAAUCAAGGGUUUUGAAAUAUGUUCCGCAUUACCUUGGAACGAACUGGAACUGAAUAUAUUGAAUAUUAAUUCCUUACCGACACCGGAGGGCUUGGUGACGCCUGACGUUGUUGUCAAGUGUUUUUCUUCAAAAAAGCUCCCGAAUGCUAUAAUGGUGGUGUUUUACUUAAUCAUUGACGAAGACUUUCUAUCUCAGAAAACAAUUAAAGAAAGGUUACUUUUGUCGCAGACUAUACAAUCAAAUUUAUUGAAUAUAUUCCGAUUUAACAAAGUUGUAAUUCAUGAGUCAUUCCUGCAGUCAGUAAAAGCAUCUCUGAAAUCGUACCAAUCCCAAAGUGAUGAAACUCGCAAAGUUGAAAACAUUGAAAAUGCGAUCUCUCUCACCACAACAUCAAUUCGUGAGAUUGUCGCGGCAAGUUCAAGCAAUCUUUUCCGCAACACCUGUUUUGCUAUGUUUGAAGUUGCAAACACGAAUGACUUGGAAAUAAUGCUGAGCCAAAAGUUGCAUGCCAUCAUCGAUGUCAAAGCGGAUCGCGGAAAGAAGCGAGCCAGGGAUGAAGGCGCCGAGGAAGGAUCAAUCUCAAGUUUGGACGAAUUGUCACAACACCUCAUUUGAAUUGUGAAAAUAGUUGUGUAACAAAAUGAGUGGAAAAGCUCUUAGUUUACAAAGCGUAUUCAGUAUGAAAGGAUUCUUCUUAUCACAACCAGAAGAAAAAUCGAGACAUGCGGCUAUUCUAUUUUAUUAAAGGUGCAAGUUUCAGAAUUCCGAAGCGAUUCGAAUCAAUUUUUUAAAAUACGCGUUGAAUGUGUUUAAAAAAGUUAACAAUUUCAAUAACUAGCAAGUGUUUUAAUUUAAA